ACUAUUAUUUUGACAAUUAUCCUUAUAUCGUAACAAUGGUCAUCGACUUUACUUUUGUCUUUUGGAUUAGAUAUAUAAAGAUCAAAUUUGGUCAAUUGAAUGCUGUACUUCAAAAUAUGCUGACAACGACUAUCGAUUUUCCACAACAUAAGAGAGUGCUUCGAAUGAAAGAUAACUGGGAAGAUGAUUCUUUGUUAUCUACUAUUUAUCAUAUGUACAAAGGAAAUGAAAACCUUGUGAAAUUAAAAAGAAUCAAGGAAGUACAUUUGGAAUUAAUCAAGUGUGCUAGGAAUAUAAACGAUGCUUAUGGCUUACAUAUACUACUCUCUAUAACAACAGCCUUCAUUUUAAUCAUUACAGUAGCUUACGAUGCUUACUUUUUACAUGUGACGAAUGCUGGAGAUAUCCUUUGUGAAUUGUACGAACCGUCAACCAGCAAAGAAUUUCGUGCCGAGAUUCGUCACUUCAUUCUACAACUUAUUCAAAAUCCACUAUCAUUUACAACUUGUGGUUUGUUUUACCUCGACUAUACACUGAUACGUAAUGUGAUCGGUACUGUUAUUACUUACCUCGUUAUUCUCAUUCAAAUUGGAAACGUAUCAAUACAAACUUUCGUUAAAAAUUCAACUUUCACAGCUAAUGAUUUGUGA